AUGUCGCGCCCGACCUUCCCUCUCGGUUCCGCAAUCAGCGCCGUCGCCGCCGGCCUCGCGGCUCUGGCGGCGGCGGGAGUGGCGGCGCUGCAGCUGGGGUCGCAGCAGCGCCCGCAUCUCGCGGCGUCACUUGCGGCCGUCGCCGCCGCGUUGCUGUUCUUGGCGCUGCCGGUUUUAGCACGAGCGUGGCACUGGCUGCGCGCCACACUCGCCCGUCGCGCCACGCCGCAUGGGAGCGGCUCUCAGAGCGCUGAUCCCAGCGCCACCGCACGCGCGUCCUCCGCCCUGCCUCGCCCGCUGCGCGACCCACCGUGGCAGAUGCCUGUGCACGCGCUGUGCGGUCUCCUGGCAACGUCCCCCCUGCACGGCCUUUCCACUGCUGCCGCCCACACACGCCUUAUCGCUGCACGCAAGGGCGGCGAGGAGCAGAGCCGGGGCGGCAUGGCGUGGACGGACGUGCUGGGGUGCUGCGUGGGUGCUCUGAGAGGCGCUGCCCAGGUGAGAGGGGCUCAUUGCCGCUGUGAGAGGGGCGCAUUGCUGGUGUGGGGCGAGGGGUGUGGGGCGAGGGGUGUGCAUGGCGUAGCAUAUGGAUGUACGUGUAGUGUGGAAUCAUGUGCUGAAGCGCACCCACUGAUGCAUUCCCAUUCACACGGCACCCCUCACUCUCCCUCCCUUCCACCACCCUCUCCUCCCUCCACGCACAACAUGCACGUUGCUCUGCAAGACAAGUUCCCGCCAGCGCCUGCCUGCCUCUGUUCUCGUCUCUUCUCCCUCCUAUCCUUGCACCCUGCUUCUCCACCUCUCUCCCCUCACUCCCCUCCACACCCCCCUUUCCCCCACCCCUUUCCCUCCCCUCAGACGUGUCUACUGCUCUGUGCCUCGCUCUUCCUCCUCUCAGGCGACUUCCCUCCAGGCCUGCUCGCUCUGCUGCUCGCCGCCUUCUCUCUGUUGCUUCAGGUGGGCCUCAGGUGCCGCCUCAGGUGGAUAGAACACCACCUGCACCAGGCAUCCCUCACCCUCCCCAGAACCCUAGUAAUCCGAAACAGCUGCAUAGAAUCAGUCCCUGCAAGCACAGUGGUAGUAGGAGACCUGGUGAUGCUUAUAAAGGGGAUGGAGGUCCCUGCAGAUACACUUCUGAUCUACACUGCUGCACUGCUAUUGGACGAGGCGCCCAUUCACGGCAUGCUGCAUGCGCCCUCCCUCAAGUCCCACCUCCCCCCGUCCGCCUCUGCUGUUGACCCGCGUCUCUGUGCCAAUGUGGCCCUUAGGGGGUGUGCUGUGGAGGAGGGGUGGGGGGUGGGCGUGGUGUAUGCAGUAGGGGGGGAUGCUGUGCUGGGGGUGCUUCUGGGGGAGCGAGCAGGGGAGGAGAUGGAUGGGAAGAAAGGGAAGAAGGGGAAGGGAGGGGGAGGGGUGGGGGAGAAGAGACAGGGGAGGAGGGAUGAGUGGGAGGAGGUGAUGGGAGAGGAUAGUGAUGGUGAUGAUGAUGAUGGGGAUGAGGAGGAGGGGGGCAUGGUGGGCAUGUUGGAGGUAAAGCAGGACGAGGGACAAGGGGACUGGGUGCCAUGCGCCGAGAUGAGUCACACCCCGCUUCCCCCAACCACUCCCAACCAUCUGUACCACUCCCAACCGCAUCCCGACACGCACGACAACACCACUACCACUGACGCUGAUAUCCCAGGCACCCACGUCUGGCCCGCCCCAUACUCCCCCCUCCCCUCCGCGCUCCUCCCUUCGCGCGUCUCCACUCUCGCCCUCCGCCUCUCUCGCCUCCUAGGCUUCUCCGGUGCGGCCGUGGCAGUUGUAGCAGCGCUGCUCUUCUCGCUCCGCCAGCGCCCCUGGCAGGACUGCCUGCUGCUGCUGCUCUCCCUGCUGCUGCUCUCCCUGCCCGACUCCCUGCCCCUGCUGCCCGCAGUGCACCUGGCAGAGACAGCCAUGGGGCUGAGGCGGGCAGGCGUGGUGGUGCGCGCGGGUGGGCAGAGAGCGGUAGAGGCGGUGGCGCUGUGCCGCUCUGCUCUCUUCCAUGCGCCGCUGCUGCCACACGCCCCUGCUCUUGGUGCCUCUGCAAUGGAGGGUCGUGAGAUGCGGGGUGAUGGGCGCGGUGGGGGGGGUGGGAUGGAAGGAGGAAGGGGGCUUGAUGCGGGGGUGUGGGGAGGAAGAGGAGGGGCGGAUGGGGUGGAGGUGGCAGCAGUGUUGCUGGCAGAUGGGGCCUGCGUCACUACUGCUGCCGCCUGUGCUACUGGCGUCUGUGCUAGCAGUGUGUGCGUGCAAGGGGAGGAAGAGGGUAGAGGGAAGGAGGUGGUGAAGUGUGGAGUGGCGGUGAAGGGUGCUGGGGAUGGGGAUGGGCGAGGCAGCGAGGUUGUGGCAGAGAUCCGCAUGGCGCACUGGCAGCACGCAGUGAGGCACGCACUGACAGCUGAACAGGAGGCGACUCAGGCGAGUGCUGCCAGGGACGGAGGGGGUGAGGUGGGUGUGCUGGGGGGGAUGGGAAGAGAGGGAGAUGAGCGGCCGGGGCAGGGAGAGGGAAGUGUGGUGGGGCGAGGGGGAGAGGGUGCGAGGGGGGAAGGCGAGGAGAGGUGUGGCAGCAGUGGUGGUGCUGGGGGGAGUGGUGCUGGGGAGGAGGAGGGUGUGAGGGAGGAGGGUGGAGGAGGGAGCGAGGAGGGAGCGGGGGUGCAGUUGGCGAGGUGGUUGGCGCAGUGUGAUGGGGAGGGACGCGCAUGGAUGGAGGCGAGUGAUGAUGUUGAUAGGGCUGUGCUUGCCGCACUGGCUAAAGGCGUGUGGGGCGAUGGUAGGAGGGAAGAAGCACAGCACCAACAGCAACAGCAGCAACAAGAGAGCGAGCAGCAGCAGCAAUGCUCCAGUGACCUUCUCCCAUUGCACCAGUCUCCAUCCCUCUCAUCCUUCAUCAACUCUCUUCUCUCCGCCAAGCGCUCAGGCUCUCUCCUCAUCCACCCCCUCCAUCCCUCACACCAACCUUCACACCACCCCUCACACCACCACGCACCCACCUCACCAUCCCAUACCUCCCUAACACACCUCGCCUCCUCCCCUCCUCCCUCCUCCCCUCUCGGCACCUCAUCUCCCCACUCUCCUCCCGCUCUUACUGCUCGAAUCACGCUCACAGGGACGGUGGGGGGUGAGGAGAGAGAGGGGAGUGCGGUGGUAACCAGAGGGGAGGGGGAAGACGUACUGGCCAUGUGCACUCACGUGCUCGUGGACUGCUGUGCCACCACAUGUGGCAGCACAUGUGGCAUUGCAGGCGGCAGUGCAGGCGGCAGUGCAGGCGGCAGUGCAGGCGGCAGUGCAGGCGGCAGUGCAGGUGGCAGUGCAGGUGGCAGUGCAGGCGGCAGUGCAGGAGGCAGUGCAGGUGGCAGUGCAGGCGGCAGUGCAGGUGGCAGUGGGGAGGGUUCAGAGGCGGGAGUGGCUGGGAGAGCAAAAGCAGAUGGAGCAGCGGCGAGCGGGGGAGGGGUGAAGACAGAGGGGGAGGAGAUGCGGGAAUUGGGUGCAACACUGCUGGGAGGGCUGCUGGAUGGCUGCCACGUGGCAUGGAUGGAUGACAGCCGUCGAUCGCAUCUUGUGAGGCAGGUUCAAGAAAUGCAGCAGGCAGGUGGGUGGUGGGCACCGGGCAGUGUCUCUUUAGCAUCUGAUACUGCUCUCCACUCUGGCAUGGCUUUGGCGUGUGGGUCUUCUGGUUCUGCUUCGUCUGCUCCUCUCAGUGCCGCUGCCAGCUGGCCAAGUGUGCUUCACAAUGUGCAGGUGCUGACGGGGCUGUGGGGCGAUGCUGAGUCAGCAGCAGCUGCACAGCUGGCGAGUGAGGGCCAUCAGCUGCUGUGGCUGCCCCAUGCUCCCUUCAUCCCCGCUCACAUCACCACAUACACCGACACGCCUCUCCUCUCCCUCACCUCCUCCUCGCCCUCACCCCACUCGCCCCCAUCCCCUGUGCUCCUCGCGCCUCUCUCCUCCUCCCCCUGCAUCGCCCGCAAGGCAGCCCUGCUGCUGCCCCCACCACCCGAAUCCUCCCUCCUUGAAAGUGCGUGCAGCAGCAGCAGCAGAGAGCACAUGAAAGGAGGAGGAGCACAGGAGCAGAUGGCAGUGGUGCAGGGAGCAGGAGGCGUGUGUCGCCGUGCCCUGCUGCUGCAUGUGCGUGCUGCUCUCGCCUUCCACAUGGGGGCUCGUCUCGACAUUGUUGCUGCCAUUGCCCUCUCUGCUCUGCUCCUCGGCAGGCAAUCCUCUUACCUUCUCUUGCUCUCUCUUGCUCACUCCCCACUCCCUUUUCUCCUCCGCACCUCUUCCCUCUGCCCCUCCGUGUUUCCUCCCCCUUGCCUUCUCUUCCCCGUGCCCUCUGCUCCUUCCCUCCCAACCAGUCUGCUCUUCGACCCACUGCAUCUACUGCUCUUAGACCUCUUCAUCACCCUCAUCUCCCUCACCGCCUUCGCUCCCACCCGCCACCUCUCCCUCACCCCCUCUCCUCCCCACCACCUCCUGCCACCUCCCCUCCCACCCUUCUCCCUCACCCAAAGCCUCCUCUCUUCCACUCUCACCGCCGCCGCCUGUACAGCCCUCCCCCUCGUCACUCUCUCAUCCCUCACACUCCUCCUCUCCCGCUCCUUCUCCCCUGCCGCUGUCUCCAUCGCCACAGCACCCCCUCCCAUGGCCGGCACACACACAGCAGUAGCUGAUCGUUCCAUUGCCUUUGUGCUCGCCUCUCUGCUCCUACCCACAGUAGCCCGUGCACAAUGGCACUCCGCCACACACUCUCCCUCCCACUCCCACUCUCACUCUCACUCUCACCGCACCCUCCUGCACUCCCUGCAUGCGCCUUCCAACGCGGACCUGACCUUCUUUGCCUUCCUGGCCUUUGUGCUGCUGCUUGCCCUCUGGGGCGCCUUUCAGGAUGCACUCGCUUUACAGCACAUCCCGUUCCUGCUCUGGCUGCUGCUGCUCGCCCUGCCUAUUGCUGCUGUGAUGCUGCCGCAUUGGCUUGGAAGGGGAGCGUUGGGUGGUUUCGGCAGGGAAGAGCAUGGCGUGGAGAUGAGGGGAGGUGGGGGUGAAGGUGCGGAGGCGAGUGAAUCGCUGCUGGUGCGAUCGAGAAGCAGGUCAUGA